AGGCUGGACAGUUUUGUCCGCUGAGCGGAGUGAAGGAACGCUAUCAAGAGGACUAUUGUUUACACCCUGUCCACGGCAAAGGUUCAUCCAAAGGGCAAGGGCUGAGAUGGUUCGCUCAAAAGAAUCAGGGUUUUCAACUCAACUGGUUUGGGUCUUUCAAUUCAACAGUCAUUCAUUUCACUUCUCGUCAGUCUUUUGCCCGAGCCUUAAACAAUGAAGAAUCUGGGACUUGCCGCCUUGACGGGCGCUGCCUUCUUCCACUCUGCCUUUGCGAGUUGUUGUCGAAGUAACAUAUGUCUGAGAGACAUUGCCCUGGGGGGUGCAGAUGCCCUAGCUGAGUGUUCUAACAACUUGGCUGUCACCGUCACUCUUUCUGCCGUCACUGUGACGGAAACCAUAACCGAAGUUCAGAGCGCCGUGUCGACUUCCCUGUUCACAGAAACCGUCACUGAGACUGCAUCAACCGACGUUUUGCUAUUCACCGAGACCACAACCAUCACGAAGACCACCCAGACCGACAUCAUCUAUGCGACCAUCACAGAGUCCGUCACCACGACCAUCGCUUCCACCGCUGCACCCGUCACAUCAACUCAGACCAUAUACGGGGGAACAUUGACUGCUCGUGAUGCUACUUCUGGAGAGGUUCCAGGCCACCUGACCGCUGUCUGCGUGGACUGGAAGAAGUACAUACAAGCUUGCAAGUGCGCAGGAGCUGUGCCCACCACUGUCACGGUGCCUGCAUCGUCCGAGACAAUUACAGUGACGGCCUCUGAUGCGAUCACCACAACGCUGUCCACCAUCUCCAGCACUCAGACCGACACUGUCACUGUGACCGAGACAGCAUCCAAGACCGAAUUGGAGACGGUGGCUAUCACGGACCUCGCCACCGCGACAGAGACCAUCACCGUCUCCAAGACGACCACAGUGUUCGCAACCUCCACGCCCACUACCAUCGUCCCAUUGCAAUGCAAGUCAGUGGGCACCGGCAGCAAGUUCUGGGUCUCGUCGCAACCCUUCCCUGACGGCUCAACGCGGUACAUGAACACGCUUUCCACCUUCAUCGCAUGGCAGGGGACGAGCCAGCCGGCGAAUACCGCGUCCAUGCACUGGACCCUCGACAGCAACGGCUUCUUCGAGCUCAAGACGCCAAUUUCCAACGGCGCGUCGGUUCCGUAUGUCGAGGCGUCCGCAACCGGCGGCAGCCUCCGCGUCUGGGUCAAAUCCAAGAGCGAGGUGGACGUGGGCGUUGCGGCUGGCACCUGGGCGAAGAUCAAAGGCUGCGUCAACGCAGCGGACGACCGGGUCACCAUGUCGGCUCUGGGACGGCAGAAUAUCUUGUCUUGCGGCAAUGCUCACUACAUGUCAUCCGGUGACGGCAAGGAUGUCAGGUCGGACUGCGUCUUGAUAACCGCUUUGGCUGGCGAACUCAGUUAGAGGGAGUGAUUAACAGCACUCCACUGGCUUGGUCAGAGUUUGCACCUCAGGAUUGCGGCGACAAUAGGUUUUUAGAAUACUAGUAGCGGGCAUCCGGAUUCAUUGAGUGUAAUAACAUGCUUGAGGCUGGAUGAGACCUAAGCCGGUGCAUAAUAUUAUUUUCCAGUCGACGCAAAGGCACGCUUUGUAACUUAGACUCGAGAAACACAUAGACACAUUAGGCCGGCCUUGCCGAUUCAAAAGAG